GCGUGUCUGAGCCCAGCAGCCCGUGCCAGGUCUCCGGAGGUCAGAGCACGGCUCUUUCAGCGUGUGCAUCCCCCCUCCUCCCUCCCCUGUCCCCUCUCGGUGUGUAUUUUGUCUCCUCCUCCCGUGCGUGCCCGUCUUUGCCUCCCCGCUGCUCUCCCUCCGCCGCCCGGGCUCUCGGGGCCGCCGCUUGCAGGGCUGGUCCUUGCUCCCCGCCGCCUUUUGCCGAGUCAAGGGGAUCUCUCCGGAGCCGGGCGAGCUGCCGGCGAUGUGAUCGCAUAGCAACACAGCAGCCGGGGCGGUGGAGGAGGAGAGGCAGCGGUGCUGAGGCUCAGCAUGCAUCCCUGUCACAGGGAUCCUCUGCUGAUUCACACAGCCCCGCUGCCCCCGCGCCUCGGACCCGGCCGGCUCGGAAGGUGCUCCAUGCCCGUGAGCAGCAGCGCUGAUGCAGCCCCUGGUGAUGCAGGAAUGGCUCCAUGUCCUCCCUCCCUGUGCUGAGUGGCGCCCGCCGGCCCCGGCUGCCCGCCCGCUCUCCCAGGUUGAAGCCUCACAGGAUGGUGCAGGACCUUCGAGUGUAACCCCCCGGGCUCCAAGCAGUGCUGCCGGGCCCCAGGCCCCUCUGGAGAUGAAUCUUUGCUGGAACGAGAUAAAAAAAAAAUCCCACAGCCUUCGGGCUCGGCUGGAGGCCUUCUCUGACCACAGUGGGAAGCUGCAGGUGCCUCUGCAGGAGAUCAUUGACUGGCUGGGGCAGAAGGAUGAGGAGCUGUCGGCCCAGCUGCCCCUGCGGGGCGACGUGCUGCUGGUGCAGCAGGAGAAGGAGACACACGCGGCUUUCAUGGAAGAAGUGAAGUCUCGGGGGCCAUACAUUUACUCUGUCCUGGAGUCAGCACAGGCUUUCCUUUCCCAGCACCCAUUUGAGGAAUUAGAAGAACCAAGUUUGGAGAGCAAAGAUGUGUCUCCGCGGCACCGGAUCCAGAACAUCAGCCGCUUUGUGUGGAAGCAGGCCAACGUGGCCAGCGAGCUGUGGGAGAAGCUCACGGCCCGCUGCGUGGACCAGCACCGCCACAUCGAGCGCACCCUGGAGCAGCUGCUGGAGAUUAAAGGGGCCAUGGAGGAGCUCAGCACCACCCUGGACCAGGCUGAGAGCGUGCGGGACACCUGGGAGCCCAUCGGGGACCUCUUCAUCGACUCCUUGCCGGAGCACAUCCAGUCCACCAAGCUGUUCAAAGAGGAGCUCUCCCCCAUGAAGGAUGGGGUGAAAGUGGUCAAUGAUCUUGCACACCAGCUCGCCAUCUCAGAUGUGCACCUGUGCAUGGAGAACUCCCGGACCCUGGAGCAGAUCAACACCCGCUGGAAGCAGCUGCAGGCCUCCAUAAACGAACGCCUGAAGCAGCUCCAAGAUGCCCACCGGGACUUCGGACCAGGCUCCCAGCACUUCCUCUCCUCCUCUGUCCAGGUCCCCUGGGAGCGAGCCAUUUCCCCCAACAAAGUGCCAUACUACAUCAACCACCAGGCCCAGACGACGUGCUGGGACCACCCAAAGAUGACAGAGUUGUACCAGACGCUGGCGGAUCUGAACAACAUCAAGUUCUCGGCGUACCGGACGGCCAUGAAGCUGCGGCGGGUGCAAAAAGCCCUUCGAUUGGACAUGGUCACCUUGGGCACGGCUUUGGAAAUCUUCAACGAGCACGACCUGCAGCCCGGGGACCGGGCGAUGGACGUGGUGGAGGUGAUCCACUGCCUGACCGCCCUGUACGAGCGGCUGGAGGAGGAGCGCGGCAUCCUGGUCAACGUGCCCCUCUGCGUGGACAUGAGCCUCAACUGGCUGCUGAACGUCUUCGACAGUGGCCGCAGCGGGAAGAUGAGGGCUCUCUCCUUCAAGACGGGCAUCGCGUGUCUGUGCGGGACAGAGGUCAAGGAGAAGUUCCAGUAUCUCUUCAGCCAGGUGGCCAACGCCGGGGGCCUGUGUGACCAGCGGCACCUGGGCGUCCUGCUCCACGAGGCCAUCCAGGUGCCUCGCCAGCUGGGGGAGGUGGCAGCGUUCGGGGGCAGCAACGUGGAGCCCAGCAUCCGCAGCUGCUUCCGCUUUAGUAACGGGAAGUCUGCCAUCGAGGCGUCCCAGUUCCUGGAGUGGGCCAACCUGGAGCCGCAGUCCAUGGUGUGGCUGGCCGUGCUGCACCGGGUGACCAUGGCCGAGCAGGUGAAGCACCAGACCAAGUGCUCCGUGUGCCGGCAGUGCCCCAUCAAGGGCUUCAGGUAUCGGAGCCUGAAGCAGUUCAAUGUGGAUAUCUGCCAGACCUGCUUCCUCACGGGGAGAGCCAGCAAGGGCAACAAGCUGCACUACCCCAUCAUGGAGUACUACACCCCGACCACAUCCAGUGAGAACAUGAGAGACUUUGCCACGACACUGAAGAACAAGUUCCGCUCCAAGCAGUACUUCAGCAAGCACCCACAGAGAGGCUACCUGCCCGUCCAGUCUGUGCUCGAGGCUGACUUCUCUGAGACCCCAGCCUCGUCCCCGAUGUUGCCACACGCUGACACACACUCCAGGAUCGAGCACUUUGCCAGCAGGCUUGCAGAGAUGGAAAGCCAGAACUGUUCCUUCUUCAGUGAUAGCCUGUCCCCCGAUGACAGCCUGGAUGAGGACCAGUACCUGCUGCGCCAUUCCAGCCCCAUCACAGACAGAGAGCCUGGGGGCAGCCAGCAGCUUCCAGGAGGCCUCAACAUGGACAACAAGGGAGAGCUGGAGAGAGUCCUGGCCCACUUGGAGGAUGAAAACAGGAUCCUCCAGGGAGAGCUGAGACGUUUGAAAUGGCAGCAUGACGAGGCAGUGGAGUCUCCAAGCUUGGCCACAGGCUCUCCUGAGUCAGUGCAGGACCCACGUAACGAGGAGCUGCUGGCAGAAGCACGGAUCCUCCGGCAGCACAAGAGCCGCCUGGAGACACGGAUGCAGAUCCUGGAGGACCACAACAAGCAGCUGGAGUCACAGCUGCACAGGCUGAGGGAGCUGCUGCUGCAGCCUCCAGCAGAGUCAGAAGGCAAUGGUUCAGCAGCCUCCUCCUUGGCUUCAUCUCCACAUCAGUCAGAAAGCAGCCAGGCAAAGGAGAAAGAGCACAACACCCCUGACACUGAAACUGCAGAUGAGGUGGAAGCCAAAACCCAGGAAGUCAGCAUGUGCCUGGAAGACAUCAUGGAGAAGCUGCGGAGCGCCUUCCCCAGCUCCCGAGGUACUUGAGUGAAAUCCUCCUCUCUCUCCUUGCUGCUCCACCAGCCAAGAGCUUUGCUGCGGCAGUGCUGCUGGGACGGGUGUGUGGCCUGGCAGCUGAGGAGGAGGAGGAGGCUUCACAGCUGCAAGGAGAGGCCAUCAGAGCUGCCAAGAGCACAGACCAAACAGAUCCCUGUGAUGAGCUGCAAGGCAGCCUCUGCCCUGCUCAGGACCUGCACCCCACGGGGCUCCCACCGUGAGGAUGGACAGACCUGCCAGCACCACCAGCUUUGAGCCCCUCCUGCCUUCCUCCCUGCCCAGACCCCUCUGCAGGAGAGGUCAUGGCCCCAGAGGCCUGUGAGAUGGAGGCAAUGGUGCAGGCUCUCCUGGCUGCUCGUGGACAGCUCUCCCCAGCGGGGAUGGAGGGCACUCCUCUCAGUGGGUUUUGGUCUUGGUCAUUCUGUUCCUUCCCUCUGUGCUCAGUGCAGGGGCAGCACUUGGUCUCUUGCCCAGGCUGCCAGAGGGAGACAUUGCUUGGUGCCAGCACUAACACGAGGUGGUGUGUGCCCAUGCAGACUCUUGCCCACUUUCUGCCAUCCCUGAGCAGGAUCCUCCUGGCUCUGCAGCAGCCCCCUUCUAACCAGGUGGCUCUGGGUCCUGUUUUCCUGACCUGUCUAUUUCUCUUUCAGGUAUGACCUCCCUUAUCUAACACCUCCUGUGAGCCAGAGGCUUUUCCUAACCAGCUACCUGGCUGCUUUCCUCCCCUCUGUCCCUGCCAUGCUCCCUGUGCUGCAGCAGACCUCACACAGACUCCCUCAGAGCUGGUGGUGCAGGAUGCUUGCCAGCUCCAGAAGAUCUCAGGGGAACAUAGGUCAUGCAGGGGUGGGACUGUGGGCUCCCCAGGAGGCUGGUUUGGUCACUGGCCACAGUGUCCAAGCCUGGGUGGGAUGGUUGAGAAGAAAGAACUGAAGCCAUGAAAACUGCCAGUCUCCCCUGGUACCCAGGGGCUGCUGCCUUUGCCUGUAGCCCUCGGGGGAUGCAGAGCUCAGCAUCCCACUCUUCAGCUGUGCCCGCGAGCCUCCAGGUCUAUGGGCACCAAAACACUCCUGGAGCCACACAAUUUUUAAAAUAACUCUUUAUAACAGUGACCAGCUGCCAGCCUUAUGUUUGAACUCUGCCACCCCAGGCUCUGCAGCCAGCCAGGCACACACCACCAGGAGACAGUCUGUGAGGUUUAUGGAGUAGGGAUUGAGUCCAUGUUAGAGCUUCAGCCCAGCUAGUAGCCUUAUAUUGAGAGGGUCUUUAUAACAGAGCCUUAUUGUUUAAUUUGCAUAUAUUUCUAUAUAUUAUAUAUAUAUACUGUACUUAAA